GGUUAAUUCUAUUUCCGGUUUAGAGAAAGUUCGGCGGAAAUUAUGUCAUAAACUGUGCGACCGAUCAACAAACAGUGAGUGGUCCUCUCAGAAUGUCGAAGAGAAAGGUGACUUUUGAAGACGAUGGUGUGGGUGAGGAGUCCUCCAAGAGGCAUUUCCCUGACGCGGUUGGAGGCCCUGGGAGUCGGUUUAAAGGAAAACAUUCACUGGACAGCGAUGAGGAAGAUGACGAUGAAAGCGGAGACUCUGCUAAAUAUAACAUGUUGGCCCCGGAAGAUGUGGAGGGGCAGGAGAGUGCCACCCUGGACUCCGAGGGCGGUGUACUAAUAACGCCAUUUAACCUGAAUGAAGAGAUGGAGGAGGGGCACUUUGACUCAGAAGGCAAUUACUUCUUAAAGAAGGAAGCACAGAUUCGAGAUCACUGGCUGGACAACAUUGACUGGGUCCGCAUUAAGGAGGUUGCAGCCCCUCAGCUGGAAGAGUCUAAGAAUGAUCCUGAUACUGAUUCUGAUGAGGGUCGUGCCCCUUUAGGAAUGAGAGUGCUUCUAGAAGGGAUCUUAGAAUUGCUGCUACCUGGAGAAACUGUGGCAAAAGGCAUUCAACGGCUUGGAGGAACAGGGGUUAGAAAGAGACUAGGAGUUCAGAGAGAGAGGGCUCUGCAGGGCAGAGCAGGCAGUAGAAGAAAGAAAUCUACAAUCAAAGAAGACUUGACUGCAUCAGAGAAAGAAGAGCAAUUAAAGAUGGAUCAAGGACAGAGCGGGGUAGAGAGACUGGAGGAUCAGGAAGAAGCAGAGAAAGUGCAAACAGGAGGACUGCGGCAAGAGGAUGUCGGAUGUGCAGAGCCAGUCUCAGAUCUCCACGAAGGACCAGUCACUGGACUAGAGGCCUCUGAAAGCAAAUCCCGGCACCUAGAACACCUUAUAUCUUUAGCGGAUCAGAUGGUGGCGCUGGGUGUGUACGAAGUGUAUCAGGACACGUAUGAAAAACUGGCAUACAGAUUGCGAGCCCUUGAGCCUCCCCGUGUGGUUGAUAUGUUUGCAGACGAAAUUGAGGAGGAAAAGCUGGAAACAAAAGGAGUUCGACCAGCAGUUGAUGAAGUUCUAUGGGAAUAUAAAUGGGAAAAUAAAGAAGAAGCCGAGCUAUAUGGACCUUUCACCAGCUCCCAGAUGCAGGACUGGGUGGAUGAAGGCUACUUUGUCGAUGGUGUGUACUGCCGGCGUGUGAACAGCUCAGGCAGUCAGUUCUACAAUUCGAAGAGGAUAGACUUUGAUCUUUAUGUGUGAAGUUUUCCUGCGUUUUUACAGAUCUUCCGAAGUGUUACAAAAUACUUUACCAUCUGUUACACAUGCCCCUCCCACAGAAUGCCACUUAUAUCGCCUCUGUAUAUUCUCUAAGGCACGCAAUGUGUCCAGUACUCAGGAGUACCAUUACGUGGUGUGUGUCUCCUUUACUUUGUAAGAAUUUUGUGGCAGUUUUAAUAAAAUACUUUAUUUAUUU